AUGACCUGCCGGUAUUCGGCACAGCAUCUUCCGAGACCUGACUCGGCUGCCGGCACACUAGCUGGAAAUGCUCCACUUGUGCCACAAGAAGCAACGGACCUGCUGCCCAGGAGACCUGGAGCUCAGGAACUAGAGCUGGAGGCGUUUCGCCGUACCAGCUUCGCCUUUCCUGCUCCCCGGCUGGACAAGGCUGCGCUCGUGCUCCUCAGGCCCUGUUGUCAGCGGUCCCGGGGAGAAGAGGGUCGGCAGGCGGCCGAUUUAGCCCAGCCCCCCCGAACAGCUGUGUCAUCGGAAGCGCUGAGGAACGGUCUGGUGGCCACAGAGGUGCUGAUGUGGUUUUACAUUGGGGAAAUCAUAGGCAAGGGCGGCCUGAUCGGGUACAACGUCUGA